CCGUAGUAAACCGACGUUUCGGGAACUCCGUCCCCAACAUCAGGGUUCUGAUGUGAGUGGAUUUUAUUCGCAGCGAAAGUCUAAUAUCAUAAAUAAUUAAAAUGUUACUAAAAUUUUGUAAAAAAAAAAACUCAGUGUAGAAACUAGUCUGCCUUUGUGAUGAUGGUAAUGGGGUGGAAAAUAAAAUAAAAUGUGUCUGAAGUGGCCACAGGAGGCGAGAGGGUACAAGGUGUUCUGGUCGACAUAACAGGUGGUCCAAGUCUUUACUGCGCAGGUCCCGGUAUAACUUUAUAGAAUAAAUGAUACUGGUACUAAAACCAUUAUUCGGCAAUAUUAAUUCGUGUUCAGGUUUUUGAUGAGCUGUGAACCGUAAGAAUAUUGUAAGAUCUCAGCAUUUUCCGAGCUGAACGAGAGUAAAAGACUUAGUGUCACAAGAAAUACGUAUUAAAACUCGCUAAUUAAAAAAAAAAAUGUGGUCCCAUAACGGCUUAGUAACCAACAUCGGCUCUGAAAUCGUCCUGGCGUCGAUAAAUUCUAUUCUCAUCGCCCUGAUGAUGGAAUCAGCAAUGACCUCCGAAACGUCGGUAAACUUCUACCAGACGUGAUCGCCAUUUUGUAUUUCUGUAUGCAACAGAACUGGAAGGAGAGGACAAAAUUGACGUCAUCGGUACCGGGAAAUACAGACGCGCAUAACUUAAGUUAAAAUAAAUUAAAUCCAAAUUUAAUCCAAAAAAUUUCGUAAGGAUUCACUACCGGAUUCUUGUCAUCUUGUAUGUUGACAUUCUUUGCUGUCAGUGUCAUUUUAUUAAUGACUGAUACGGAGAACGGAACUGUCUAAAAACUUAUUUCUACGUCGCAGCGUCGAGACCAGCUCUGGGGCCCACUCAGCCUCGUGGAUGUUUCCCUCAAACAUGCGCGCCAAAGGUGCGCCGCGAACGUAUUAUGACCGCAGUUCCAUAGUCUGCCACCAGAGGAGACUAGUGAGUGCCGUGUUGUCGUUUCACCUGCGUCGCUCCCAUAGCAACGGGGCCUGGCAAUCGACAUUUCGACGGUUCUCUCGUUUUUGUAGCGAAAACCUCGACACUCGCUGAAGAGGAUGUUAGAAACUUGCGCGCUGGCAUUAAGUCUGGCCAACGGAAGAGCCCUGCCAUGAUGGGGCUCCAAGUUACUGCAAGCAAACGUAAACUCGAGGACGACGGUAAAGGACAGCAGGUUCUGCAGCCGGCCAAAGUUGGCCGCACUGGAGAGACCGUACGGGAAGCCGCGGUGGAUGCGGCCCCAACGCCCGACCUGGACGUCUGGAGGGUGGACAGCACCAGCUCCGUCCUGGCAUCCACUCUGCUGGGAAAUUCUUCUGAGGCCGAUCUCAUCGAGGACGAAGACGACGACGAGGACGAAGAUGACGAUGAUGAUGAAGAAGAAGAUGAAGAUGAUGAUGAGGAUAAAGGAGGAAAGUACUUGCCUGCAGGACGAGGUUAUCAUUGUGUUCGCUAUAGUGGUGACAGUACAGAAGUGGGAUCGGGGUGUUACUCUCAUGCAGUAGAACUUAAGCCGAUGGGUUAUUAUGGAACAACUGAAGAUCAAGGAGGAUAUUCUUCUGGUAGUAGUUCGCCAGGACAGUACGGCUCCAGGCAGCAGCACUAUCAGUCGCGGAGCGUCUCGCAGUAUUGGGGACCGCAGGGUGCCAGCGAGUACUACGGCCAAGACCCAAGUUCCCAGCAGACAAUUCGUUGCGACGAGAAUGGAAAGUCAUACCUGGACCUUGGUAGUUCAAGUGCGAGGUAUGUGAGUGGUGCUAAUAGUAGUAGGAGUAGUAACGCAAGCAGUGCGAGUGGUCGUCACAGCGUAGCGUCAAACUCAAAGUGCUGCGAUGGCAGUCGGACUAACUGGUGUAACCAGGGACCGAACACGGCGUGCUAUAGGCAGAGGCGACUCGCGGUCCUCAACAUCUCCAUGUGCAAGCUGGGUAGGUACAGACAGUUUCCUGACCCCAGCCUCCACCGAUCUGUGCUCAUCUGCAACACGCUGAGGUACAUCGAACGUGAGAUGGAGCAGGAAGGAUUCUUCUUCAACAACGCCACAGGCACGGUUCAGGCACCCGUGCCACCACCGCCCUCCCCAACACCUCAUCCAGCAGUGGAUCCAGACCCCAGCUACCAUCAUCCUCAGUUCCCUGAAGUGCCUGCUGCCAACAUGAACUAUUCUGCACCCAAUGCAGCGUACCGUUCUCUGAAUCCCUGCCCUGAAAUUGUCCCUCAGUACGAGCAGAACUUGAGGGAGCUUUCGACGUCAGGACGGGCAACUCCGUUUCCCAGCCCCGUUCAUCCGAGCUAUGAAACUGAUUCUGGAGUAGGGGAUGAAGAGUCAGGACGAGGCAUUAACUGGGGUUCUGUCCUUAGCCUGUCGAGUCAGUCAGACCUUGACCCUCUCAACAACAACGAGUUGUAUCCUUCAUCCCCUUCGCAAUCCUCGUCGUCGUCGUCAUCCUCAUUGCCGGGGCUAGGUCCGAAUGAUUAUUCUGGCUCUCUUGGACUACUGGGGGACAUGGACCUAGGUCAUGAGUUUGAUGACUUCCUUCCAAGUUGGAAAUUGACACCGCUGAGUGCCGACGACAUCCUCAAGUCCGUCCCUUCCUCCGAGUUUUCAGGACGGCAAGGCGAAGGAGAGCUUGACAGCAUCAUGCAUGUGCUGGUUGGAACGUAAUGAGAAAGUUCAGGACAGGCGGCGAGGACUUCACAUGUUGCCUGUCUUGACUUCUCUCGUCAGUGACGGUCGCGUGCGAUCUGUCCAAGAAGACGUUGGCCACCGACAUCAUCGAGGUUACCGGUUGGUUGUUUUGCUUAUUGAUCUUAAUGUGCUCAGGUUGUGAAGGGCUGUCUGAAGGCGGAGAACGCGCGCGAAUCUUAAAUCCGACUUGACAGUCCGUGGUCCUUCGUAGAAGAGUCGAACUGAAAGUUAUUACUUAGUCCGAGACCAUAUGGUGGAUAUUUUAAAUAUUGUAUGAAACUUGUUCUUCGCAAAAAUAAUGCUGCAGUGAUUGCUUUGCACGAGCAGGACAUGGUGUCAUUGAAAGGAGCCACAGGAAUUGCAAUUUAGACGUAGUAUUUUUUUAAUUAGUAUUGGGAUGUACUAAUGGUUCAUUGCUGUUAUUUUGGAUUCUUAGUAGGCCUACAAGAAAUUCUAGCAUGCUGCUGCACAUUUACUUCAACGUAGUAACUAGUUCUCAAAACAUCACAUCCAUCGUAAGAUUCGAGGUUUUCACGGCGGUGAGUAUGAAGAUUUAUGUCUUCUGGGCUGUUGCGCCGUGUAGUCUGGUCGAUGUUAACCAACGUUUCAUCGCCCUGAUGACGGAGGCAGUAUGACCUCCGAAACGCUGGUAAACAUCGACCAGACUACACGGCGCAACAGCCCAGAAGGCAGAAAUCUUCAUCGUAUCCAUAGUCAGGUCCAUAUUUCAUUGCUGAAUCAAAGUCAGUUGCAUUCACAUGUUCUCUAAAGUUUUCAGUGCGUCGUACUGCUCAAAUCAUUGCUAAGCAUGCUCAAUGACUUUAUUAUUAUUAUUUUAUAAUAUUAUUACUGAAUUUUUAAGGGCUUGAAAUAAAGUUGUCCUACGUUGCCAUGGAUAUUUUUAAGCGACUGUUGCCAUAUAUGAUUUUGAUCUUAUAAUAAUUGCAGUCAUUACAUUCUUUCCCCUUGCUGUAUAAUUACAUCAGCAAUUUUUAAAAAAAUCAAAGGAUAUAUUUUUGACGAUACAUAAGGUGCACCAAGAGAUUUCACUGUUGAUUUCUGGUAUUGUUCAAGUGAUGUCUUCUUGAAAGUGCGCAGAAUGGCAACUUUACCAAGUGCUCAUGUAGUUGUUGCUAGUGUGUACAAGGGUUUUAUUCCUUGCCGUGAAGUAGGCCUUGAGCCCACUGCGAGUGGCGUUGUGAAACCCCAAGUGACAAAUCGUGUCCAUUUGUACAUAACUCGUUGAACAUUUCAUACUGUUCAGGACAUACAACUUUCCUUUUUCUGGAGUGUUCAUCUGUGUAAUCAUUUUGGUCCAGUAUGUAGACGUGCCAUAAAUUUAUAGUCGCACGUACCGGUCGCAGUUUUGUACUUGUAUUUAAUUCUUAACUAAGAAGUUAAAUUAGUCCUUCGUAAAUGACAGCAUUUUCCCAGAACAUGAAAAAAAGUAUUUAUUAUAUAUUGUGGCAUCUUCACGUACAAAUUAAUCUAUUACGACGUGCUAAAAGUAUACUAAGCACAUUAGGAAUAAUAUAUAUUAUCAUUUACUGAGUUCAAAGCAAUUCUGAUGUAGAUCAGACCAAUUUUAAGUCGCACAGAAGUGGGUAUCAGUUACUGUUAUUUGGCCGAGCACGGAGUGACUUUUUCCUUCGUAGGGCUAGCGAUUUAAGAUUGACAUCUUCUGGGAUGUUGCACCGUGUAGGAAUUUACUGACAUCUCAGAGGUGCUUGCUGCCUCCAUAAUCAGGGCGAUACAGCAAGCACCUCUGAAACAUUGGUAAAGUUCUACCAGACUACAUUGCACAAUAUUCCAGAAGACUGGCAUCUUUAUGUUUAUUGCCAUGAGAACCUGCAAUCUCGCCAUGUAAAUGAUUGUUUUCAUCAGUAUUUGGGGACGUGAGGGAAGAAUUCAAGGAUGCGCAGUUUGUCGACUUCCGUCGCUUGGCAACGAAUCUUUAAGUCGUGAAGAGGCCACGUGCUUCCUUCAGAUUAAUUUAUUUUUUUUGUAAACUGACUACUGAUGUGUUUGAAUUUUUUUUUCAUAUGAGGGAAAAUUCAUACUUAUGUGAAAAUAUUACAUCCGAUGAACGUCUCUUGGCGCAGUAAUAUGAUGAAACUAAUGGUUACAAUUUCGACACGGCUUGCCACCACCAAGUUUUCUCAAAAUAACACAAAUUUACAUUCUCUUCCUGCUGUACUCCAGAAUAAUAAUGGAAACAUAUUUUCAGAAUUGUAUAUUUAAGUGCUUUUUCACUGAAAUAGGUAAAUGUCAUGAUCUCAACGUAUGACUUAUAUUUUUUAAUUGAAAUAGGUUGGUUACCUCUUUCCUGACACCAGAAUGAGAUUCAUUACGUUUAACAAUAUUGCAAAUAGUGGAUUACGACAUUCGACGUAUCUGUAAUGUUUUAAUUAUCCGACUAAAUUUAUCGGUAUGCAGUACAUAAAUAAUAUCUCUGAAUAACCUCGGCGUUUCAGUCGUAACAGAUCAAUUCUACCACAAUACUGUGAUGAAGGAACACCUGGAGUGUUAUAUAUUUUUCAAAUAAAUGACGAGUUAUUUGUGAUUUCUUGUUUUCCCAUAGCUUCUUCAUUAACGUGAUUAAGAAUAGGCUACGAGAUGGCAGUCAGUGAAGUUGGUUGAUAACGUGGAGGAAGGCAUCUGUUAUGAGAUCGUAAACUUCUCGGGGAAGGUACGAGAUUCUUGUAGGCUUAAAUUUAAAUUGUUCUAAACAGUAUGAAAUCUUCGCCCACCUGAAGGUUCAACAGAGAAGGUAUGGGAUUCUUACAGUCUUGAAUCUAAAGUGAAAACAAGAAGUUUUGUUUAGAACUCUGCGUGGAUGCGUGUGUGCGCACGCAUGAGAGAGAUGUAAUCAGCCUAAUUACACAUCUUUAGGCAGACGUCCCAGCCCGUUCGUCUAUCUGCUGAGCCUUCAGUGUAUAUAAUACUCGCUGUGAAGUGAGUAGAUGUAAAGUAGGUAUUUUGUAAAAUAAACAAGAGGUAUUCCUUUAUAUUAUGGUUUUGAUAGCCACAAGGACAUUACUUAAAAUUGAUACUCUGUCCCCUGGAUCUCCCACUGUAAAUAACAUAUAUGAAGGGAUUGUAUAAUGUACAUAGUAAGAAAAAUCAUAUAUAUCUAUAUAAAUAUAUUUUGAAAUCAUUCAGGAGGAAGCUUCCCAAUAAAUAUAAUAAUUAUAUAACAAUAUUAAUAUUUUGAUUAUCAUACAAAGUCUAGUCCGAUAAUGUUCCACUGAGGGUGGCCAUUGUGGUUGAUUCAGGAAACUUACGUUGUCAUCAAUGCUACAAGUGUCCUUUUGGCUGUCACUUAAUGAAUCAUAGAGUAUUAAAUAUUAUAUAUUAUAAUUAAAAAAUGUCACAAUUUUACAAGUAGCUGAUCUGUGUAGCUCAGGAUACCAUUAUGAAUGUUUCACGAUGUGUCGGCCACAAGCUGUGCUUCACUGCAGACCAGUCUGCUUCUCCAGCAAAAUAGAAAAUUAAUCGCCACACAGGUAGUCGAGCGGGCACAUAUGAUACAGUAUGAAAUAUCUUCGUGGGACUUGGAGUAAUCAUUUACAAAUAGCUUAAUUUUUAUGUGAUCUCAAACCUUGUUCCAUUUUUACAUUCAGGCAAAGAAAAGAAGAGACAGAUUACGUGUCGAAACAUUAUGAUCCUGUCUCUUAAGCGGCCCAUCCACAUACGAGUCUUUCUCGGCGAGCUCGACUCGUGAGCCGGGCUCGGAUAUAUUUCACCACGCACGCGUGGCAGACUCGGCUCGUGACACCCCACCCACAGACGAGUCUGGCUCGAUGGAACCCAAGCCGAGUCGGACUCAUACGUGGACGGGCCGCUUUAAACUAAGCUCUGAGAUGGCCAAAGUAAUUGGUUGUGAUAUUCACUGGAGAAAAGACAUGGUCAAUGCAGCAUUGCCAGUGACCUCUGCUGGACAAUUUGAAAAUUAUUGUGCUGUGAUAUUAUGUACAAUUCUGUUACAUCUAACACAUUGGCUGCUAAUGUUAGUUAAUAUGUAAAAAAAAAAUAAAACUCUGUAACCGUAUAAGAGUAAGUGAUGAGAAUGCAAUGAGUAUAGUCCACAUCCAACUCAAAUUGUUAACAAUAUUUCAGAUGAACGAAAACUCUCGGAUUAUAAUUGCUGUCAGUGCUUAAUUGGUUCGUUAUCUUCCAAACUGUCAUCUGUACUUCACAGCUGUUGUGAAAAAUCUGGUCUUGCGCGAAUGAAAUGCCAUUUAUCAUUGAUGUACGCGGUAGGCCGUAUUCUAAAUGGUACGAAGUUAAACAACAUAACAUGCUACCAGUUUUAUUUGAUCAGUAUUGCUUCAAGGUGUUGACGAGUCUUAAAAAUUCAUCAAACCAUUAAACUAUUAUCCCUGUAAAUCUGUCAGAAAUGAAAUUGGACAGAUUUCAUUGGCUGCCAUUUUGCAGAUUUAACAAAUAAAAUGAAGUUGCGUGAUUGAUGAAGGAAUGGAACCCUGUGUUACAAUGUUGUACAUCAUCAAACAUCUACAGUACUUUUUGCUAUACAUGUGAUGUCUAGGCAAAUCUAGUAAUUACUAUUUCCUAUGUGUGAAAUUCGUGACCAAACUGCGUUUGAUAUUUUUUUCAAUUGCAAUUUGGUCAUGCUGAUGCCACACCUGACCAGAUUCAAAUUAUGGAACAAUAAUGUACAAUCAUUAGUGCUAAUGUAUGGGGAAAAAAUUGUUAUUUUCAUGUCCUUUUUAUAUUGAAAAGCUAAAAAUGAACUGGUUAAAGUUGAUCGAUUUUUAUAUCGUGACCAAUCUUGUUGAGGCUGCUUGAAAAAUCGUAUAGAAAUAAAUAAUAAAUUAAAAGUUUUUAGCUGUUUUUUUGAAGCAUUAAAAUCUGAUGAUUUGCCGAAGUACAACUGUGUCAUACACGUGGACGAACACCAAAUGUUUCAGAAGCACGGAGUAAUUCUUCAGCCUCAACGGAAAUGUCACAUAAGCUGCCCUGGCCUAUCUGUUUGUUGUGUUUCUGAAUACCCUUUCUAUUAAUGGUAUCCUGGUUAAGGGUCAUCCUGUUCUUGAAAUUAACUUGUUGAAAUUCGUGUUGGCAAUCUUUACAUGUCAGGGAUGCAAACAACGAGCACUUACAUUUUCUUAUUUUAUCAUGUGACAUCAUCCAGUUAUGAUAAAAUUUAAAUUUGCAUUACUUACACUCUUGAGUUUGUAAGCGGUUACGAGAUGGCGGCCCUUCGUGGCAUGUGGGAAACGUGCGCACGCCUCGUCAUAGCUUAUUUAUUAAUAUAUGCACGCGUGUAGUUUGUGCUCAGAUAAGAGAGACUGGACAUUAGUUAAAAAUAAAUAACUUUUUUAAAACUUUUGCAUUGUGAAUUAUUGCAGUGCUCGCCUGACCACCAAGAUUUUUAAGGGCCCAUAAAUCCAAACAUUUAGUUUGCAUUCCUGAUUUGUCAUUUAAUUAAUUCACGGUUAAAUAUUUUCUAGAAUAGAACUGCUGGUGCUUUCAGCUAAAAUUUGAUCCGAAAUUAUAUAAAUCUGAUCUUUUUUCCACUCAAGUGUAGAUUCCAAUGACAGGAUGUGAAAGAAACAAUGGCAUUAAUGUACAAAAACGUUUGUAUAUUUUCAAAGCCAAAGAUAUUUUAUUGGAUUAGGGAGAGCGGCAACUAACGUAAAUGAUACUGUGCUUUAUAAUAAUAAUAAUUAAUAGUUUAUAUUGAACUAGGUAGAUGUAUUUAUUCAAACACUGUGAAUAGAUACAUAUUACGUCCUUGUACAGAACCAGAAACAAAAGCAAUGAGCAAUAAACAAUGGUUUCCAAAAUAA